AUGAACGCCUUCUGGCUGAUGGCGUUUCUCUCAUGCAUCUCAAUACAUAAUCGAGGUGGAGUACACGCUCAAACCGCCAAUAUCAUCGAAAUCCCAAUUCCAACGAAUGCUCCACAAGCGUCUACUAGUUGCACAACGGCCACCUGGCUUGCCUGGUCAGAUUGGUCAAUUUGCUCCGAUGAAUGUGGCUCGUGUGGAGUUCAGAUGAGAACCCGUACCUGUUUGACAACAGAUUCAACGUGUACAUGUCCAGGAGGCUCCACCGGCGUUCAAUACUGUAACCUGGACAUCUGUAGGUACCCUCGUACGACCUGCUGUAACAACUUCCGAGUGACGUCAUAUCUCGGACGUUUUGCCUGUUUGAAUGCAACCGCAAUACUUGGAUAA